GAGAGCAUCUCUCUCUGGAAUACUGAGUAUUGCUGACUUGAGCGUCGGAGUGUUUUCCCCAAGGAAACAACCUCGGGAGUUUCAGGUGUAGAAGCAGCUGAGGACUUCAACAGUGUUGGACCGCGAAGCUGCCGAAACAUUGGCGCCGUCUGUGGGAAACUCGAACAAGAAGUUGUGUGACUUAACCUGCUGAAAAACAAAAUGGUCCGUACUUUUACAAGAGGUCGCCCUCCAAGGCAUGACAUGGACGAACAGGAGGACGCCCAAGCAUCUGAGCCUGGCUUAAAUGAUUUUAGACCAAUGCCUAGGAACCUUUUUGUUGGGGGAGCAGAACAGGAUCACCUAAGCGAAACAGAUGAUGAUGAAAGAACACCAACUGGGUAUGCAACCCAGCCUGAACAGUUCCAAGUUCCAACAGGAACAAGAUCAAGACCUUCUAGACCAUACAAUUCACAGCGUGAACGACCUGAAAGGUCAACAAAACCUGCUCGGACUACCGAGCUCGAAGAGAGAACCAGAGUUCUCGAAAUGGCAAUGGGAAAAAUCCUUGCCCAUCUGAUUCCUGAUGACCCCCUGAUUCCCUUGUUGAACAGGGAUGCACAACCAGCUGCGGUUGUUGCAACUCGAAACUCCCCCGCUCUAAGCAACAUAGCGGUGCCAACAAGGCCAAGGGGAAGUGGAAAGCUAAAUAUCGAACCCAGCUCCUCCAAGCACAGCGAAGAACUGUUAAAGAAGAAUGCAGAACUUGAAAGGCAGCUACGAGAUGUACAAAAGUCUAUAGGCGAGCUGAAAAGUCCCAGGUCGUAUCAGCAAACUCUUGAUUUAGAUAGCGCCCCAUUGAACCUAUCAAUCACAACAGAACCGUAUCAAGAGGGAUUCAAAAUUCCCCAUUUAGAGACGUAUGAUGGCUCGGGCGACCCGGAUGAACAUCUGCACACUUAUCAAGCCAUCAUGAGAAUCCAAAACGCCAAUGACGCCAUGAUGUGCAAAGUGUUCCCAACGACACUUAAGACAACAGCCAGGAGAUGGUAUCACAAACUUCCCAGACAUUCCAUAGACUCGUACUCCCAGCUCGCCAAGCUAUUCUCCAACAAGUUUGCGAGCCAAAGGGAGAUUAAACGUACAGCGACUGAAUUAAUGCAGGUUCAUCAAAAAGAAGGAGAGUCUUUGAGGGACUACAUGCAACGAUUCAACAAAGCUACUUUAGACAUUGAUAACGUCCUUGAUACCAUUUGUUUAUCUGCCUUGUUGCAUGGCCUGAAGCCUGGCCGGUUUUUGGAUGACCUGUUGGAGAAUCCACCCAAGUCGUGGAAUGAAGUAAAUGACAGGUCGGCAAGCUUCAUACUGUCCGAAGAUUUUCAAUCUUCUAAGCGAAGGGCUGAUGACAGGCAAGGAAAAGAGCCCAAGCAGCCUGAAAACAGAGAUGACAAGAAGAACAGAAGCUCGUCACGAUCCCAGAUAUUGUCGCAGAUACAGCACUGGGUCAAGAGGCCCCCUCCACAAACGCAUGAUUCUUCACGAGCUGACAGAAGCAAAUACUGCGACUAUCACCAUGUAUACGGCCAUAACACAGAAGACUGUCAGAGUCUGAAGGACGAGCUCGAAUUCUUGGCUCGCAAUGGAAAGUUGGAGGGGUAUGUGCAGAAGCCUUUUGUUCGGCAACCCACUCAGACCCAUUUUGUACAAGAGUACGGCCGACCUCAAGCACCUGGGUAUCAUCUCGGCAGUAAUCCGAAUUCCUACCAGACAGGUCUGUACUCGUUUGAACCAAACAGGGCGUACAGAGGACGCCCGUUCAAUAGGCGUGGGCCAGGACAGAAAGCACCUACGCAGAACCAAAAAGACCACAGAGGAGUCGAGUACGGUGGAAUACCCCCACCAUCUGGCACAAUCAAUAUGAUCUCUGGUGGUAUACAUGCAGGAGGUCAAAGCGCCCGCGCCCGCAAGGCGUACGCUCGCCAGGUGAUGACAGUAAGUAAGAACCAGCCUCUUAAGCGUCCAUUUGAGGAGGCAGAAUGGGAGAAUGCGGCCAUAACGUUUAGCCCGACAGAUUACCAGCAAGCUGGAGAAUCUAACGUCGUGAUGCCUCAUGCGGAUCCUUUUGUAGCAACAGUCCAUAUAGGCAACCAUAACGUCAAUAAGGUCUUCAUUGACACUGGGAGCUCGCCUGAUAUCCUGUAUUGGAGCUGCUUCCAAAAGAUGCAGCUGAACCCCAGCUCGUUACAAAAAUAUGAAGGGCCUAUUUAUGGAUUCGACAAUCAACCUGUCUCAGUGGAGGGAGUAAUUACACUUUCCAUUUACGUGGGCUCGAAACCACGCUUCAGGAUGGCCUCAGUCAGCUUCCUGGUCGUCAAAAUGGAAUCAGCCUUCAACGCCAUACUAGGAAGGGCUACUCUGUGCGAACUGAAGGCUGUCAUCUCACAACCCCAUCUCUGCAUGAAAUUCCCAACGCCUCAAGGGGUGGGAGUGCUGAAGGGCAAUCAGAAGAUGGCUAGGGCAUGUUAUCAGGAUACGUUUAAGAAGGUUGAGCUCGCUGUAGCCCCAGGAGGAUCUGAAAGUAGUAGGCCGGCUCAGCCCGGCCAGCAGACAAUGAGCAUAUCAGACAUUGAACAUAGACCUGAGGGUGUCGAGCAGAAAGCAGAACCGGUGGAGCCAGUGGAAACCGUUCCUUUAAACCCUGAUGUGCCGGAAAUAACAGUAAAGAUAGGCACCAAACUCACAGAAAAAGAACGAGCAGAGCUUCUAGAGUUUUUGAGGGUCAAUCAAGAUGUGUUCGCGUGGACUACUGAUAAAAUGCCCGGCAUCCCGGCGGAGUUGACAGUCCACAAACUCAGCACAGAUGCCACCAGAAGACCGGUGGUGCAGAAACGUCGCCUUUUUGGCCGAGAGAAACAAGCCGCCAUAGACGAGGAGAUACAAAAGCUGUUACAGGCUGGUUUUAUUAGAAGAGUGGAGUACUCUGAAUGGGUGUCCAACCCUGUGCUCGUUAAAAAGCCAAAUGGCAAAUGGAGGAUGUGUAUUGACUUCACCAACCUCAAUGAUGCGUGUCCAAAAGACCCUCAUCCCUUGCCAAACGUCGAGAAAUUAGUGGAGCGGGCAGCUGGGCAUGAAUGGAUGAGUUUUUUUGAUGCCAGCUCGGGCUAUCACCAAGUUCAGUUGCUGUUAGACGAUCAGGAGAAAACAGCUUUCUACGCUGGUGACGCUAUCUAUUGUUAUGUGAUGAUGCCAUUUGGCCUGAAAAAUGUUGGCGCUACAUAUCAGAAGCUAGUGCAAAUCAUCUUUAAGCUCCAGAUCAAUAGAAACAUAGAAGUGUAUGUAGAUGACAUGAUAUGCACGUUUGUUGUAGAAUCAGGAAAAUUCCUAGGGUACGUGGUAACCAAGAAAGGAAUUGAAGUGAACCCAGAGAAGGUUCUGGCCGUUCAGCAGAUGGAACCUCCCAAGACUGUAAAGGAUGUACAGCGCCUGACAGGUCGUGUAGCCGCGUUGCACAGAUUCAUAGCCAAGUCGGCGGAACGAUGCCUGCCGUUUUUCAAAGCUCUACGAGAGCCUAAAAACUUCCAAUGGACUAAUGAAUGUCAACGGGCGUUUGACGAGCUCAAACAGUAUUUGGCAUCAGCACCCUUACUGUCUAAACCUGUCGAUGGGGAAUGCUUAUAUCUUUACCUGGGGGUCACAGAGGAAGCGGUGUUACAAGGUGCAAAGCAGAACUACCCGUUGGCAGAAAAGGCCGCAUUUGCCUUGGUAUACACAGCUCGUAAGUUGAGGGCUUACUUCCAAUCACAUCAGAUUGUUGUCUAUACUGACUUGCCACUGAGAAAAAUACUGCAAAAACCUGAACUCUCUGGUCGGCUUAUCGGAUGGAGCGUUGAGCUGAGUGAAUAUGACCUCAAAUUUCAGCCACGCACAACCAUAAAAGGCCAGGCCGUGGCGGACUUUCUGGUGGAAUGCAUCUCAGCGACUAGGGAAGAAAAAGCACCUGAACACCCAGUAUGGGUUUUGUAUGUUGAUGGAGCUGCUAACGAUAAAGGGUCAGGUGCUGGGGCUGUGUUGAUAGGCCCAGAUGGCUUUAAAUCUGAGCAUGCAUUACGGUUUAAGUUCCAGACCACUAAUAAUGCUGCUGAGUAUGAAGCCCUCAUCUAUGGUUUGAAAUUGGCGUCCGAGCUAAAGGUACAAAGCAUACAAAUUUUCAGUGAUUCUCAACUCGUGGUGGGCCAAGUGAAUGGCAGCUGUGAAGUUAGGGAUCCCCAACUUGGCCGUUACACUUCUGUGGUCAACAGACUGAAGUUAAGAUUUGCUUCAUUUCAGAUUGACAAAAUACCAAGAGCUGACAACCACCGAGCUGACGAGCUGUCAAAGUUGGCCUCCUCGCAGGACAUUAACCCUCGGAGAUCAACAAUUGUCGAGGUACUCGACGCACCGAGUUACACUGAUUUCACAGUCAAGUGUCAACUGCUAAGCACUGAUCCCUCUACACAGAGCUGGACCACCCCACUCAUAAAUUAUCUGCGAAGUGGCGAACUACCUGAAGACCAGUCCGCUGCAAAAUUGACUAAGCGCAGGGCGGCACAUUUCACUUUAUUCGGCAUACCUAAGCGGAUUAUCGCCGAUAAUGGGCCACAGUUCCGAGCAGCAGCACUUAGAUCGUUCUGCAACGACUAUGGCAUUGAGCUUUCCUUGACGUCCGCGUACACUCCGCAGUCAAACGGCUCGGCCACGGGCGAAACCCCGUUCAGCCUGGCAUAUGGAGCUGAGGCCGUCAUCCCUGUCGAGAUCGGGCUACCAUCUGCUAGAUCAGAUCGUCAUAACGACCAGAAUAAUAGGCAACUCUUAAGGGAGAACCUAGAUCUGGUGGAUGAAGUCAGGGAAAUGGCUCGAAUUAGAAACAUGGCACACCAAAGUCGUGUUGCAAAAUUCUAUAACAAAAGAGUUCGAGCUCGACAGUUUCAGGUCAGCGAUCUGGUUCUACGUAAAGCUGGACUAACCAAUGUCUACUCACACAUGGGCAAACUCGCUCCUAAUUGGGAAGGGCCUUAUAUGGUUAUUUCCAUUUGGCGACCUGGGUCUUACCAGUUGGCAGAUUCUCAAGGUCACCCAUUACCAUUUAUUUGGAACAUACAUAAUCUUAGGAAGUUUUACAGUUAACGUGUAUCUUAUUAAUGUUCAGGUCGUUACUGAUCGUUUGUAAACAGUGAUUCGUUAACCAUUCAGCACAGAAAUCUUGAAACGAAAGAUUCGAAUUUGUAUUUCAUCAAUGAAAUUUUACAUGUGUA